GUCUAUGACUGGAGUUGUCUGUCUAUUCUGCGUGCCCGACUGUCUACGAUUUGUUAUUGUUAUAGGUUAUGUUUUCUAAACGUGUUGUGUGAAAGCUGCAUUGUAUAAUAUUAUUGAGGUUGUCCACAUGAAGUGAUAUUUGGAUCAUCUAAUCUACAUUGCUGAAAUUGCCUAGUCAUGACGAGAUUUGCCCGAGCGAAAGGUUCGAAAGCUUCCAAUGAACGCAGGGAAGAAGAUCCUACUCCAUGGCAUGUAAUGAGACAACAGCUUGCAGACCAGCUCAACAACACAGAAGCACAAACCAGUGAAAAUACUACGUACAGUUUGAAACAUCUUCUUGAUAAUACCCAUGGUGUGAAAGAGGAGGUAUGGAGUGAUUUUGGUGAUGUGGAAGGUAAAAAGAGUUCUACAUUAAAGUCUAAAAUUAAAAAAGAAAAAUCUGAACAUUGUACAGUAAAGAAAAUUAAGAAAAAAGUUAUGAAGAAAAAUGAUAGUGAUAAAAAUGAUGUAAUAAAUAAUAAUGAAACUAAGGAAGGACAAUCAAAAACAAAAAAGAAGACUAAGAAAGUUCUUAAAAGUAUACAACAUGAAGAAAAUGAAAAAGUCCCAAUACAUGAAAAAAAUGAAAGUACUGAUGGCUCUGGUGUCCUAAAGAAGAGAAAAAGAACAGCAAGUAAGAAAAAAAUAAAUGAAGGAGGUAAAAAAUUUAAAAAAACGGAUAGUUCAGUAUUAAAAACCGAUAAUAUGACAUCAGAUAAUGACAGAUCAGAUAAGCUACUUGACACAGAUAAUAAAAUUAAAAAACCUAAUAGCUCUAAACAAUGUAAGGAAAAGAAUAACAUUAUUCUAGAAGAUAAUAAAACCUGCAAACAGCAAAAAAGAUCUUUAAAUAACUCUUUUGACUCUGAAAAAGAAACAAAACCUUACUUUCAAAAUAAAAAAUAUCAUAAUAAUUCUCAUACAAUCAUUGCAAAUGGCAGAGAAAUUAAAGUAGUUGAUUUUGAAGGUUUUUUAAUCAAGCAAGAUGAUGCAUCUGAAUUGAAAAAACUUAGAAUAAAAUUACGAAAGCAAAAUGUGCCCAAAGAACAAAUUAAAGCUGUAAUGAAAUUGGAGAGACGAAAAGCGGAAAAAGCUCUAGCAAGAGAAAAAACUAAUGUGUGUUUUCACUGUAGAAAGUUUGGCCAUAAAUUUUCUGACUGUCCUGAAAUAAAAGACACAGAGUUGUCAAAAUCUGGAAUUUGCUUUAAGUGCGGAUCUAUGGAACACUCACAUUUUCAGUGUAAAGUUAUACAAAGCCAAGGCUUUCGAUAUGCUGUUUGUUUUGUUUGCAAGGAGCAAGGGCAUAUAGCAAGACAGUGCCCUCUAAAUCCACAAGGUCAGUAUCCAAAGGGAGGAUCCUGUCAUUUGUGCGGGGAAGUGACUCACCUCAGAAAAGACUGUCCGAAAGCAACCGAGGACAACUCGUCAAAUAAGAAAGUCAUCACUGUUGAAAAACUAAAGGGCAGUAAUUUAGAAGAAAUCGAAGAGCAACCUUCAUUUAACAAAGAAUCAAACAUGAAAAAGACCAGUGUUGUUAAAUUCUAAGUUGGCUGUCUUGGUUGACAGUUACAAUACAAUUGUAUUAUUUUUGAAGAUUGAAGACUCAGUCUGAUAAGUACAAAUAUAUUUAAUUUUUGAACAAAAAACUUUAAAACAAAGUUGUUAAUUAAACAUAUUUUUAGAA